AUGGUUGCAUCCACGAAAAAGGGCAAGAAGGUCAAGGACCCUGGUCCGGCGCUCGAAGAGCCUCGUCCACGCCUGCAGCCUGAGGAGAUGCAAGCUUACAUGAAGCUUGCAACGGCUUUAAAGAUCCUUCUCAGCGGUUCAAUCUUCACGACACAGAUUGACCGCGGUGAAAGUCUUCUCUUCAAUUACUUGCGCGAUUUUAAAAGGCUGUAUGGUGGUGACGGGCUGAUGCCAAACCAUCAUUUCGCGGUUCAUAUAGCCGCACAGAUACGAGAUUAUGGACCAGUCUACAGUUUCUGGUCCUUCCUACCUGAAUGA